AUGACAAAAAUAUUAUGAUAAUACGAGUGAGCAAGUGACGUGUUGCGUGGACUUGGACCAAAUCUGGACUUUUGCGAUCAAACCAUGUCGUUUAUAUCAUGGACAACGGAGUACUAAAGUUAGGUUAUAGUCUAGUAGUGUAUUAUUGUUCUAUGGUAAUAGCCCGUGGCCGUGUACCUGUAUAAUUUCUACAUGUAUAAUAUUAUUAUAUUAAUUAUCUUAAAUCGUUGUGUCUACGCCAUAGAUUGACCUAACCUCAUAAACUACCUAAUUAUUAUUAUUAAUUUUCUUCAUACUUAUUUUUUAACGGUUUCAUGUCCAUAACGUCAUAUUAAAAUUAUGGAUGCCAUACACAGUUCAUCAGACAGUUCAUUAGACAGCUCAUCAGAUAGUUCAUCAUAUUAUGCGAGUGAUCAAAUGUAUGUUUUGAAAUCCAGUGGAUUUGAAUCAAAAAUCUACACAAACGAAUCUCACAUUGUUGAAGCAUUUGAAUUCCUACAAUCUUUACGCGAGGAUCAAGUUUUUUGUGAUAUACGGCUAAAAGCUGAUGAUGAUACAUUUGUUUUUGGACAUAAAAUUGUAUUAAUGUCCGCUAGUCAAUAUUUCCGGGCUAUGUUCACUAAUUUUAGUGAACGCGAAAAAGAUAUUAUUGAUAUAAAAGAGCUAGAUUCCACCGUUUUAAAAAAAUUAGUAGAUUAUAUUUAUACUGGGAAGAUAUUGAUCAACAAAGAAAAUGUACAGGUAUUGCUACCGGCUGCAAAUCUCUUACAGUUAGAAUAUGUAAAAGGCGCAUGUGCUAAAUUUUUACAGAAACAACUGGAUCCAUUAAAUUGUCUUGGUAUUAGAUCAUUUGCUGAUUUACAUAAUUGUUUGGAAUUGUUUGCAAGUUCUGAAGAAUACAUUAGGAAAAAGUUCCUAGAUGUGGUUAACGGUGAAGAUUUUCUAUCUCUACCAAAUGAAGAUUUGAUUAAGUUCAUCUCUGGUAAUGUUCUUAACGCACCUGAAGAAAAAGUAUAUGAAUGUGUUAUUGAUUGGGUAAAGCAUAGAUUAAAUGAUAGAUCCGAUAGCUUACCUGAAUUAAUGGAACAUGUACGACUACCAUUAGUAUCUUUAGAGUAUAUAUCAAGUAAUGUAGUCAAAGAACCUCUUUUUAAAAAUCUUCCUAAAAGUAAAGAUUAUUUAACUGAAGCUUUUCAAUUUCAUGCAUUUAAGACACAACAGCUAACUAUUCCACAAACUAUUCGAAAUACGCCUAGAAUGUCUGGACAAAAAGUUAUUCUAGUGUUCGAUAGUUCAUUACAUGCCCAUUGGUAUGAUCCAACAACUAACUUGUGGCAGCUUUUACAAGAUAACUGUUUGAUGGAUUCUGUUAAUCAUGGUUCUAAUGAUUAUUAUUAUGAUGAUUAUUCUCACCGUUCUAGGGUUAAAAUAACCUUAAUUAAAGAACAUUUUGUUGUUAUUUAUAAAUUAUGUGACUCAUCUAUAAGAAUUCUUGAUUUAUCUUUAAAAUUCCCAAGUUGGGUAACUUUGGUCGACACCUUAGUUUCCAGAAGGAAUUAUGGAUUUGGUGUAUUAGAUGAUUGUUUAUAUGCAGUAGGCGGAUAUGGAAAAGAUGGAUAUUUGAAUAGUGCAGAGGUUUACGAUAUGAAUAAUCAAGAAUGGCGAAUGAUAGCUAAUAUGUCCACUAAGAAAAAACAUUCAAGUCUUGGAGUACUCAAUAAUCUUUUAUACGCAGUAGGAGGAAGUUUUAAUGAUGAUUGUGAUAUUGAUACACAUUUCAAAUCUGCCGAAUGUUAUGAUUCCAGUCUUGACAAAUGGACAAUAGUUCCCGAAAUGUCAGCACGUCGUUCUGAUGUUGGUGUAUGUGGAAUGGAUGGUGUAUUAUAUGCCGUUGGUGGUUUAUAUGAAGGUUGUUGUCUUAAAAGUGUUGAAGCAUACAAACCAAGUUCUGGAGUUUGGACCUCUAUUGCUGACAUGAUUAUCGCCCGAUGCGGUUCUAGUGUAUUCGCAAUAGAUGGUUUGUUAUAUGUUGUGGGUGGACAUGAUGAUGUAAAUGGUGAUUCAGAAUAUCCAUUUCGGUCUGAUUGGUUAGAAAUAUACGAUCCUAGCACUACUACCUUGUCUGUGGUAAAAAUGUUGAAAAGUAUGAAGUAUACUGUUGGUGCAGUUAUCGUUGAUAAGGCAUUAGUCACCAAAUUUCAUAGUUAAUUAGUAUAUAUGUCCCAUUGUUCAUAUGUAGAUUAUACACAAAUACAAAAGGGAAUUAAUAAUAUUUUGUAGGAAAUUCAAUAUAAUUUUGUGUAAUUUAUGAUAAGCUCUAUUGAUCGGUAUAUUAUCAAUUUCUAUUAAAUUAUUUGAUCAAAUAAAGAUGCUUUGAAAUUAAAA